GGGUGUUGGGUAGUUUUGUAAACAAAAAUCCUGCUAGACCAAAACAAAAUUCAUCACCUAGUGCACCAAAUCACCCAACCACUACUCAAAAGUCAAAUGGUCCGCCCCUUAUAAAAUAUUCUUUUAUCAUGCACAAAGGUUGGGUUUUUUCCCUUCGAAUUCAGCACAUACUUUGGAAAUUACGCAACUUUUCUAAUAUUUAGUAUCUGAGAUUGACUAUUUAAGAAAAUACUGAUGAAUCAAACCGUUGGUUUACCAUUCUUUUUUUUUAAAUAAAAACUGCAUUGCAUUCAUACCUAUUGCAUUCUGGCACAAUACCUUGCUCUUGCCUACUUUUCUAAGAAAUGGUCACAGUAUGUGAUUUUCUUGUCUACUUUUCUAAGAAAUGGUCACAGUGUGUGAUUUCUUAGAAAUUUUAAGUUUGCGGUAGAACCAAAAUGGCGGACCUCAGAGUAGUGAGCGCAUUGGUGGCGGUCGUGGGUUGUCUCAUUCUGUUACAGAUAUACCGCUCCAGUACUUGUGGAAGUCUACUCAGUGGAGCAUGGAGAUCGUACGCCAAUGAUCUUGAUAAAGCACUUCACACUGAAGGCAUUUACACCAUAGGUGUCAUGCAAUCUGGAGAUGUUCGGUACAUCUACGUGGGAUAUUCCACAGACAUACGCCGGCGGUUACAGCAGCACAAAAGUCAAACAUUGGCGAUUGACGAGUUUGUGAAAGACCAGUUCAGCAGGAACGGUGGAAAAAACUUACGAUUCAAAUGGGUAAAGGUGACAAAUGCCAAAUGUGCAGAAGGAGACUACCUGGAAUGUAUGCAAGAAAAACUCGGUUAUUGGCCAGAGUAUAACAAAAAGCGGGGAAACAAAUGUAACUAAGUCUCAUCAAGAACUUAUAGAUUGUACACAAGCCUUUAAGGAACUAAAACAAAAACAGUUCAUUUACACCAUGUUAGACUACGAGUAGUCCCUCUUUCGCUUAGUCCGUCGUG